UUUUUUUAUUAUUAUAAAUACUUUAUUGAAUUGCGCGUUCACAAUGUCUUGAACAUUGGCCUUAUCCAACCGUUAUGUAUUUAGCUUUUUAAGUACAAUAUACUUGCAUUACAUGUUUUCAACCAUCAUUUCAGCUUCAAAAAUUAAUCAAAUUAUUGACAUUACACACAUUUCGAUGGAAUCACCAUUUAUCCUAUCAUAUAUCAUCCAUAAGUUUAACUUACUACUCAUUUUUGGACGAGCAAUACGCAUUUCAGUGUGGGAUAGUGUACAUUGUUUUUCUUUUCAGGUUUUUGUACUGCACGUGCGUCACAUCCAGGAAGAGACACACUGUGUACUUUGUACAGUAGCUCCAUCCGUUCUGAUGAGUUGCGGGAGGCGGUAACAAUACCAAAUAUGUCCACAAGGCAGAGUCUUGCAUCCUUUUAACACAACGUGAAGGGCGGCAGUCUGUUCAGCAUGAUGUUGGGAAUCAAAUCCGAGGCUGUGCGAUCGCAGGCCACAUUACUAACCGCUUACCCAAAUGAGCAAAACAAUGUAAUGAAUUGUAUAUCUUUCACAACCAGUAACAGCACGUACACAGACACGAGAACAAUACUCAUAAGUCCACUUUUGUCCGCCAUAAAAGCCCUGACUGGUGGAGGGCUGCAGUGAUGGUUUUCUUUCUAGAGCUUUCUCACAUCUCCCGAUUGGACUCCGGAGCUCAGCCUAUGUGUUCUUCGGGUUCUUCUUCACUUCUCUCACCCAAGCUGUUUUGACUCGAUGGCUUAGUUUGAGAGGACGGCCGGCUCUCGGAAGACUUCUGCUCAUCCCAAAUGUCUUCCGUUGAAGGGUUAUUAUAGAAGCCACUGUGCUCUUAGGAACCUUGAGUGGCUCACACAAUUCUGUCUCUGUGGUCUUCAGGCAGUUCCUCUGAACUCAUGAUUCUCCUUUGCUCGGACAUGCACUGUAAGGCGUGUGGCUUUCCGGAUCAAGUCCGAUCGGUCUAAUCAAACACAGCCACGCUCCGAUGAAGGUCUAGAACCACCCCGACGGUGAUGAGAGGAAAUGGACAGACAGCACCCAAGUGAAAUAAAUGAGUGUCGCAGCAAGGGGUGUGAACACUUAUGGCUGCGUGAUAUUUCAGUUUUUCCAUCCCAUUUUAUGAGCGGCUUAUCCUCACAAAGGCCGCGGCAGUGCUAGAGCCUAUCCCACACACUGCAACCCACUUUUAGAGUCGCUGUUUUUGAACUGUAAGCCAUUUUAUUCGCCACGUAGGUUCACAUUUUUUAUCCAAGUCGGCGUUUAUUUUCCGCCUCAAGCUAAUCAAGCUAGCAGGAGCAGAUAAACGAGAUUGAAAAAAAAUAAUAAUAAUCUGCCGCUUAUUAUUCUAUGAGACUUUAACAGCUAAACUUAACCACGAACCCCCUAAAUGUGGAUUUUUUCACGUGACCCGUGAUGUGUGUAUGCCAGGUAACCUAAUAGUCAGUUUGGGAUUGAAGUGCUGUCGGUCGCGUCUUCAAUAAAUGCACUUAGAAACACAAUUUCGUCCACCGUAUGUACGUAUAAGCUACGAGGUCAGCGAGAGAAAAUGGCCGCCGUCCGAGGGAGCACAACGGCUGACGUCACGUGAAAACAACCCAUGGCCCGUUUGUGAGAACAAAGACAGUUGGGGAAUUUGUUCCGAAGUACCGUGAAGUCUGCAUGUGGAAACGCUGUGAACUACACUGUGAACUGGCUUGUUCCAGCGUUCCGGGCAAAAUUGUUGCCAAAUAUCUCUGACUAAAAUGCUACACGAGAUGUUUGAAUAUAUUCUCAGACACCAUUUCCUCUUUUUUCUUUGUUUGUUUAUCUACACUAAAGCAUGGUUUCUCACACUUUUUAGACCAAGUACCACCUAAAAAAAUAUUUAGCUCUCCACAUACAACUGUGACUCACAUUUUAUUGUCUUGCAUGUUUAAAAUGCUGUAAACUUAAUUUGCAUUCAGUGAUUCAUUCACGUACCACUAGUGGUACUUGUAAGUACAGUUUUGAGUAUCACUUGUUUAAACGCCAAUUAGGAGUUCAAACUUGCUGCUUUUGAACGCACCAUGUCCUGACUAUGUUGCUGGCAGCUAGUCAGCAGUAGUCUUCCAUGAUCAAGAGUGGUCACGGUUUAUUCGAUGACAACACAAAAACAAUUUGGAUCGUCAUAUUUAUCGGAACUUAGUUCAAAGCCAUCUGGGGAAUUCGUUAGGAUGCCGCGUUCAAGUGUACGCGUGGAAACCCUGUAAACUACGCUGGGACGCGGCGACUUCCAGUCCAAAUGAUUGCCAAACACCCAUGAGUCAACGUCAGGGUCGGGACUGGAGUACUUCUAUAAACACACCCAAAAGUAUACUUUUGUCUCACUCUAAAUUGAGAGUUGAAAUUUAUGUUUCCAGCAGUACCCGAACGCACCACUGUCAUCAGCCAGCAAGCUAGUUAGCUAGCUAGCUAGCAUACUUAUCUCGAAAUUAAUUCUGAUUUGGGGUCGUAUAUUCAUUCAAAGACAAGGGGGAAAAAAACUAUAUUUGUCCUAAUAUGUUGCUCGGAGAGGGUGAGUCUGCGAGGGCACACAGUGCUCUCUUUGACGAAUCUCCAAAAAGUCCGCGGGGAAGUUCCCCAGGAAAUCCCCGGUCUUGGUUAUAUUCUCGUGGAGCCACAUCGCCCUAGCAACAGUGCGCCUUCCUCGGCUACAUUCGUGAGGGGAAAGGCGGCUCGGCGACUUGUCAAAUGGUGGAUUACGAGAAUUGACUAAAAUCACGAAACCACGAGCAAAAAUGGAGCCAGGCGACGCGGACAAGAAGCGGAGCUACAGCACGUUAAAUACGCUGUACCACGAGAGCCGGCAGGAAACGGAGCUCCUGGCCAAACAGCUGGCGAUGAAGGACAACAUCAUAGCCGAGCUCAAGGCGAGUCACCCAGGCCACGAGAGGCUGUGCGUGGCGGUGGGCGACAACCAGUCGGUGGUGGUCGGGCCGUCCAAGUCACUGCUGGAGAGUUUGUGCAAGGAAAUCUGCCAGCUCAAGUGCAAGAACAACGAGACGGACUUGAAAGUUGCCAGACAAGAAGAGGAGAUCCAGAAGCUGAGCGAGCAGCUGCGUCAGAAGGACGCGCAGCUGGAGAGCGCCAAGCGCGCCUCCAAAAGCGACGGGAAAUCGGACGGGGAUCCGGACAAGGAGCUGGAGCUCCGGCGGCUGCGCUCGGCCGAGGCCACCAGGGCGGUACUGUGCACGUCGCUGGCCGAAGAGGUCGGGCAGCUGCGGGGGCAGCUGGCCGCCACCGUCCGGGUGUGCUGCCAGCUGAUGUCCAAGCUCGAGAGGAGCAAGGCGGGCGAGGCCCAAGCGGGCGAGCAGGCCGCCAAGCAGUUGCCCGAGUCAGCCGACAGACGUACGAACGCCCAAAUCCAACAACUUGAGGAGGAGAAUCGGCAGCUGAAGCAGCGUGUCGCCUACGUCCAAAGUCUGAACUCACAGUGGCAGAAGUACGACGCCAGCAGGGAGGACUACAUCCGAGGACUGUGCCAGCGGCUCAAGAGCGCGGCGGGAGCGCCGCGGGUUCCUUCGCUGGGCUCGGCCAGCGCCGCCUUGCUCGGGCAGGAGAUCUCGCGGCUCAACGGCUUGCUGCAAGACAAACUGAGCGAGUGCGCCAGACUCCGAGGAGAAGCCCAGGAAGCCGCCACCAAAGACCGGGAACGCAUUCAGAUGCUGGAACAGCAGGUUCUUAUCUACACGGAGGAUUUUAAGUCUGAGCGGGGCGACCGGGAGCGAGCGCAGGGACGCAUUCAAGACCUCAAGGAGCAGAUUCGGCACUUGAAGCAGCAGCUCCAUAAACAGGGAGCCGGCAGAGAAACCAGGGAGGUCCCCUUGUGUCACGUCCACAUCGGCCACCGAAUGUCAUCCUCGUCUUCGCGGCGCCCCCACCGCGACGUCGGCGACCACCUCGCGGCCAGGACCAACGCGCAGCGUCGGUCGACCCUCUCCGGGGCCGCGCCCCAGGCUGCGCCCCUAACGGAGGCCCCGUCGGAUCUGCAGUGCCCGCGCUGCUUGGCCAUCUUCAGCGAGGACGACGCCGCUCGGUACCUCAACCACUGCGAGGAAUGCGCCACCUUGUGAGCGCCACCUUGUGCCCACGACCGGGACACUUUGCACACUACAUGAAAUACCUCAAUCUGAACAAAAUGACUUUUACCUUGAACCUUAUCAGCGAGACUCAUUUAAGACUUUAGCUCAGGGAAUGUGUUAAAGUCUUUGGCCACCACGCAGUUUGGCAAAGGCGAAGAGGCAAAUUAUGGAUUUUUGAGGGUGGGGGCCUGGAGCUUAUUCUGGGCAAGGUACACCCUGAACCGGUUGCUAGCUAAUUGCGGAGCUCAUAUAAACAAAAAACCUCAGGGCAAUUUAGAGUCUUCGAUUAAUUCCGCGGAAACCCACACUGGCGGGGCCGGAAUUUGAGCCCAAUUCCUCAGAUCAGUGAGGCAGAUGUCCCGGCCAAUGAUUUCCAGUUGUUUAAAAAAAACAAAAAAAAAUCAUUCAAGUCUCAGGUCGUAGGUCAGGUUUUAGGCCACCAUUGGCAAACGUUUCAAUUACGGCCGAAGUUAUUUAUAACAUCACAAAAUUAGGGUGCAAGUUUGUUUUGAUCGACCUUUGCGUGAUUUACGUGUCAACAUUUUUUUUCCCCCUCAAAACCGAAAAGAUAAUCCCCAAGAGUAGUUUUUUUUUUUCUUUUUACAAUUUUCCUUUGUUUUUUUUUUUUAGACAUUUAUAUAAAAUAUUAUGAAUCUUGCGAUCAGUUUUUUUUCAUUCAUUUUAAUGUAAAGUCCAAGGGCAGAUGACUGUUUAAAGCAAUAUACAAAAAAAAAACUUGAAAAAAAAUCAAAUUAGCAAGGAGCUAAAAUAUUCUUUUGUUAUGCAUGUUUGGGUGAUAAUUUUUCCAAUAUUUUAUUCCAGCCCUAAAACUAAGUUGAAGAAAAUGUUCAUUUUGCAAACCUUUUUCUUUUUUACAUUUUAGCGUUUUUUUUUUUCAGUCACAAACUAGACAAUAUUUUUUCUUUAUAUAAAACACAAGCUGAAGACUUUCAUGUAAUAAACUUGCAGGGUUGCACCCCAAAACAUUUUUUACCUAAACCAAUUUGAUUUUGAAGAUUGUUUUUAAAAAAAAUGUGCAAUUUGAAUAUUGGCUAACAAUAAUUGCCCCAAUAGCUUUGCUAAAACGAUGUAAUGGUGGCCCGAGACUUUAACGGCAUACUUUGAUGCAAACUGUAUAAGCUUCCUCCAGUUUGUUGAAUCACAAAAUCUCAUUUGGUGCUAGAAAUAUAUUCAUAAUUUAUUAUAUUAUAAAUUAUGCAGAACAAAUGAUGACGUUAGAUUAUUUUAAUAUAAGAUAAAUAUUACAGAGAUGUUUAUUUAACUCAAUGUAUGCCAAGAAACUGGUUUUGGAGUAUAUGCUGUGUAUUUGUGUGUGUGUCCCUGAUUUGAUCCUCUAUUUUUAUAAUAAAAUAUUUUCAUAAAUGA